ACACACACUGUAUAUAUAAACCGUGGUACAGAGAAGAAGACACUACAGAGAAGAGAAAGAAAUGGCGAAAUCAUAUGAAACCGAACUUCCACUGAAAGCUUUUGGUUGGGCUGGUACUGAUACCUCUGGCACCCUUUCUCCAUUCAAUUUCUCCAGAAGGGAAAAUGGCGAUGAUGAUGUUACUCUCAAAAUCCUUUUCUGUGGUGUUUGUCAUUCUGAUCUACACACUCUCAAGAACGAUUGGGGUUUCACUACUUACCCUGUUGUUCCUGGCCAUGAAAUUGUUGGCGAGGUGACAAAAAUUGGAAACAAUGUGAAAAAUUUCAAAGUGGGGGAUAAGGUUGGUGUUGGUGUGAUGGUGGAGUCUUGUCAGACUUGUGAGAAUUGUCAGCAGGAUUUAGAGAAUUACUGUCCUAAACUUGUAUUCACCUAUAACUCUCCUUAUAAUGGGACACGAACCUAUGGCGGCUAUUCUGAUUUCGUGGUUGUUCACCAGCGGUAUGUACUGCAGUUUCCUGCAAACUUACCCCUUGAUGCUGGUGCUCCACUACUGUGUGCCGGGAUCACUGUGUAUAGCCCAAUGAAAUAUUAUGGGAUGACUGAGCCUGGCAAACAUUUGGGAGUGGCAGGGCUUGGUGGGUUAGGCCAUGUUGCAAUCAAAUUUGGUAAAGCAUUUGGGCUGAAGGUUACUGUCAUUAGUACCUCACCAAACAAGAAAAGUGAGGCCAUUGACAAACUUGGUGCUGAUUCUUUCAUUGUUUCCAAUGACCCUGAACAAAUGAAGGCUGCUACAGGAACCAUAGACUAUAUCAUAGACACAAUUUCUGCUGAUCAUUCCGUGUUGCCACUGCUUGGUCUACUGAAGCUGAAUGGGAAGCUGGUCACUGUAGGGUUGCCAAGCAAGCCCCUUGAGCUCCCUGUCUUUCCAUUAGUUGCAGGGCGGAAGCUUAUAGGGGGGAGCAACUUUGGCGGGAUAAAGGAGACUCAGGAGAUGCUUGAUUUCUGUGGAAAGCAUAACAUAACUGCAGAUAUUGAGCUGAUUAAGAUGGACCAAAUCAACACAGCAAUGGAAAGGCUUAGCAAAGCUGAUGUGAAAUAUCGCUUUGUGAUUGAUGUGGCCAACUCUUUCUCGAGUUUGUAGAGUAGAGGCCAACUAGAUUGUUCAGCAUUUUGCUUGUGUGGAGCCUUGGCUGUUUCAUUAUACUGGGAAAGGCUAAGAUUGGUAUAAGAUUGGCAAAUUUAGAAGAUGAGACUGUCCUCUAUUUUAUUAUUUGCUCAACCUCAGGAUUUCUGAUUUGGUAUUUUGCUUCAUCUUCAUAAUGUUUCAGACUAAAGGUGUUUGGUCUAUUUUUUUUUUAGCUUAAAACUUAUUUAAAAGUUAAAGCUAAAAAUAAGCUUUAAGAAUAAAAAUAGAGUUGUUUGGUAAUUUGAGAGUGUUUUAUUUUUAGUUCUAAAAAGUUGAUUUCAAUUCACACUACACAGUGAGAACAUACGUUCCGCGGUUGUUUCUCUCUUCUA